AUGCCCCUUAGAAAAUGGUUUGAACGACGGCAUCCAGACAUUUCAUUCUGCGAUCUUGACUCCAUCAUUUCCUCACCCAAAAAAUCAGCUGCUCGUCGAAGCCACGAAACCACUGGCAGCUAUCUAUCUGUGGGCACAGAUGAGCAGGAAGAAAUCCUUGAAGACGAAGAAGGCACUUGGCUCGAUGAGACACUAGCGGCUAAACCGGCGGAGGAUUCAGCCUUUGACAUUGAAGCAGAUGCAAAACUUCACGCACUAAUUGUCACCAAGGCCUUGUCUGAUGAACACGAGGAAAGUCCUAUCAAUGGCCUGUGUAGCACUCAAGGUGAUGCUACGGAGGAUGAUGCUGACCUAGAAGGCAUGGACAACGAGUGGGACGAAUUUUGGUAG